AUGACGACCAGGUACAGAGUUGAGUAUGCACUCAAGACGCACCGGCGUGACCAAUUGAUCGAAUGGAUCAAGGGCCUGCUGGCGGUGCCGUUUGUGCUGCACUCGCAGCCGACGGCCGUGUUUGAGCCGCGCCGGGAGAGCACCGAGCAGAUGGCCGCCAUCGCUCACCGUCGCUACGGCGAGAUCAUGCGCGACGUCGAGGAGCUAAUCAACGACCACAUCGCCCACCAGCGAGCCGGCACCGAGCAGAACUCAAAGCUCAAGUUGCUUGUGCCUGCCGUGUCCAAGUUCUUCACGCCCUUGGUUCUCCACGAUGCCUUCGUCUACCAAGAUCAGCGUCGUUUCAUCAGCCACCGCCGCUUCGUGGCGCCCUCGUUCAACGACGUCCGCCUGAUCCUCAACACAGCCCAAGUCAUGUCUCUCGUGCGUGCCGGUCCCCUUGACUUGAUCACUUUCGAUGGCGACGUCACACUGUACGAUGACGGCCAAUCCCUUGUCCCCGAGAACGCCGUCAUCCCGCGAAUCAUGGGUCUGCUGCGGAAGGGCACCAGAAUCGGCAUCGUGACCGCAGCUGGUUACACCGAGGGCGCCCGCUACUACGAGCGUCUGCAUGGCCUGCUCGACGCCAUCCGCGCCUCCGACAUGCCAACUAACUACAAGCAAAAUCUCAUUGUCAUGGGCGGUGAAAGCAGCUACCUGUUCAAAUACUCGGCCGACGAAAACCAUCUCCUGCAGUGGGUCCCGAGGAAGGACUGGAUUCUCGAGGAGAUGCGCUCAUGGACCGAGGACGACAUACGCCUGCUGCUCGACGUGGCCGAGACUGCCCUGCGUGAGUGUGUGAAGAACAUGCGACUGUCUGCACAGAUUAUUCGGAAGGAGCGCGCUGUCGGAAUCGUGCCAGCCAAUCCCGGUGGAAGGUUUGCCAGAGAGCAGCUGGAGGAGACCGUCUUGGUGACCCAGAAGAUCCUGGAGAUGUCCGAAGUCGGCCGCCGCCUGCCAUUCUGUGCUUUCAACGGUGGAAACGACGUCUUCGUCGACAUUGGCGACAAGUCAUGGGGUGUCCUCGCUUGCCAGCGCUUCUUCGGCGGCAUCGAGGGCAGCAAGACGCUUCACGUUGGCGAUCAAUUCCUUUCCGCCGGCGCCAACGAUUUCAAGGCUCGCCUUGCCUGUACCACGGCUUGGAUCGCCAACCCGGCAGAGACAUGCUCUCUUCUGGAUGAGAUCGCUGAGUUGGACGAGAUGCAACAAAGGAAGCAGGUGUGA